GUGCCCUGGGAUGAUCUCCGCUACCUUUUUGGUGAAAUCAUGUAUGGCGGCCACAUCACAGAUGACUGGGACCGCCGGCUGUGCAGGACCUACCUGGCAGAGUACAUCCGGACGGAGAUGCUAGAGGGAGAGGUGCUGCUGGCCCCUGGCUUCCAGAUUCCCCCCAACCUGGACUACAAGGGUUACCAUGAAUACAUCGAUGAGAAUCUGCCCCCUGAGAGCCCCUAUCUGUAUGGCCUGCACCCCAAUGCAGAGAUUGGCUUUCUGACGGUCACUUCGGAGAAGCUCUUCCGCACUGUCCUGGAAAUGCAGCCCAAAGAGACAGACUCAGGAGCAGGCACAGGAGUAUCCCGAGAGGAAAAGGCAGGACCCCCUCACACACUCUCCUCAGCAAUG